CCGGGGGCGUCGGGGGGCGUGAAGUCCACCCUGACGCUUAGGGAGUUGCCCUCUGUGGGAUCAAGGAAACCAAGUCCUCCGAGCUCCAGGAAUACCGCCGCGUCAGAUUAGUGUGGAGUAGGCUUGUUAGUCAUUAAAAACGAAGCUCGGUUAUUUUUAUUUUUGCCCUUUGAUAGUUAGCAAGAGUCAGUGACAAUCUUGUGAGGGAAAUAUCUGUUCUGCACUGCAGAGUAAGAGGUUUGUCCCGAUAGUUCUUAAAUAGGUUAUAGUAGACCUCUAUAGAUUUUUUUAGCCAAGUGUAAGUUUUAACGUAAAAAAAAAAACACCAGGAAGUAUAAGAUUUUCAUUUAAUUUGUUGUUUGUAGUGUGGACUGACCCCGUUGUAUUGUUGUAAGCUUUCCUGUUUCUUGAUUUAUGUGCAGUAUGAAUUUAGAACUCCUGAGUGGUCAGAUGCCAGCUGACAUGGGCUUCAUUUUAUAGGCGUUGUUAGAGCUUUUGAACCUGACUUAAUUCAAACUUUAUUUCAUUUGGUACUUUAUCUUAAUUUUCUUGUUUUAGGGCCAGUUCAACCAUAAAGAACAGAUUGGGGAUAGAUAAGCUAAGUUUCCUUUUCCUUUCUCAUUUCUGUUUUUGUGUCAUUGCUUGGAAAUGGUAGAAGGUGAUUUUGAUGUUACAUAGAAGUUCUGUAAUACAGGUUUUAUCUAGCUUUAUUGGGACGAAAAGGUAAAUUUCUGUGGUUUGUUACUAUACUUUUUUAGCAAAAAUUUUCAUGUCAGUGUAAAGCAUACUUUUAGUACUAAACAGUACUCUUUGGUUACGUUUUUGAGACGAACCAAAUGAGAAAGAAGGCCUUUUCCUCUGAAAAUAACCUUGAAUUAGAAUUUUUUUUUUAAGCCUUCAAUUCUUAUUUUUCUCACUGUCUUGCCCUUUAACCUUGUACAAAUGACUUUAUCGUCUUUCUCCCACUCGCUUUACCACCUGAGAUUUCCUGCAAUAUUCUAAGAACUGGUGAAGUGGUUUAUGAAUUAGUCUCAACAAUAUUGUAGGAAAAGUAAGAAGAGUAGUCUGUUCUUGUUCUUUGGGGACACAGUAUCUUUCGUAUUUGGAUCCUUUUUCUUACGUCACUUUUUUUUCCUUUUGUUUGGUGUCCGUUGGCCAUUUCUUCUUUCAUUAGAAAUCGUUCUGGUUCUUGAAGACAAGUAUAGUGAAAAUAAUUUCAUAUUGGCGGAAAAUGCAUGGAGGUCACAACUUGAAGUUUCUAGACUUGAUGAAUUUCACUUCAGUAAUGUAUUCUUCAGUUCUACGAAUAAUUGAGAAAUAGCUAUGUGAUGUUUAAAAUAAGAGAACAGCAAUUUACAAGUCUCAAGCAAAGGAAUUAUCAGUUUAGCAGAUACUCCUUGUGUUAUUUUAUCUUUAAAUUUUCAACUUAUUGAAUCAAAUCAGUUAUAUUUUAGAUGUUUUAUUAUUUUGUCAGAAAGGCUUUUCCGUAUCAUGCUUUCCUUAAGGCAUAAUUUUAUUGUCUCUGUUUUGACAGCUGCCCCCGCACCCCAUGGGUUAGGGCUUCAAUAAAAAAAAAAAAGUCCUAAGAAAUGAUAGUAAUUAAAGUAUGUUAUAACUUGAUAUUAACAUUCUGAGGGUGGCAUUAUCUUAUGAAAGAGUAUGGGCUAGAGACUGUUUUUUUUUCUGUUUUGACAGCCAACCUCCCCCCCCGCCCCACCAUGGGCUAGGGCUUCAAUAAAAAAAAAAAGUCCUAAGGAAAGAUUAAAGAAAUGAUAGUAAUUAAAAUAUGUUAUAACUUGGUAUUAACAUUCUGAGGGUGGUAUUAUCUUAUGAAAGAGUAUGGGCUGGAGACAGAAAAUCAGAAUUUUAGAUCUAGCUUUGCUUGCUAUUCAUUAGAUCUUUGACUUUACUGUUAACCCUUCCUGGGCUUCAGAUCUCUUGCAACUGUUAAAUGAGAGGUUUGGAAUAGGAAUCUCUGGUUUUCUCUAGGUCCCACAUUUAAUGAUUUGUAUUUUUAGUUACGUGUCUUUGGUAUUCAUUUCUUUGUAUCCAUCAUGAUCAGAUCCCCCAAAGCAAUGUUACACUGGGAGUAUAAUUUUCUUCAUGGCUCAGGGCGCUGAAAAUGAAACUUUUUGUUAUUCCUGGUGAGGUUUUUUAAUAUCAGCCUGAACAGUUUGUUUUUCUUGCAGAAGUCGUUGAUCAUUUUUGUUGGAAGUCUAGAAUUGCAUUGAAUAUCUUAUACCUCUGUUUUUUCUUUCCUGCAUCCCACAGAUUCCUGGUAACAGCUGGCCCAGGUUUCCACUGGUACUUGAUUUGUACCAUUGUGUGAGGAGUGAGCUACAAAUGUUUAAAAACAAAUACUAAGCUGAACCUAAAUUUUAAAAAGAGGCCUUCCUUAAAGUUUCUCAUGUCUCAAUGGACUCCUGCGUAUAACAAGUUUUAUACCUUAAAAGUGGAUAUGAAGAGUGAGAUUCCUUCUGAUGCACCAAAGACACCGGAGAAUCUAAAAGGGAUCCUCUUGCAUCCGGAGCCCAUUGGGGCAGCCAAACGUUUUCCUGCAGAAGUUGAGAUGAUUAAUAGUAAAGUGGGGAAUGAAUUCACUCACUUGUGUGAUGAUUCUCAAAAACAAGAGAAGGACAUGAAUGGUAACCAGCCAGAGCAAGAAAAAAGUGUUGUUGUAAGGAAAAAACGCAAAAGCCAGCAGGCUGGCCCUUCAUACAUGCAGAAUUGUGUUAAAGAGAACCAGGGAAUAUUAGGAUUGCGGCAGCACCUAGAGACACCGAGUGAUGAAGAUAACGAUUCCUCUUUCAGCGAUUGUCUUUCCUCUCCUUCGUCUAGUCUGCAUUUUGGAGAUUCUGAUACUGUGACUUCGGAUGAGGACAAGGAAAUCUCAGUAAGACAUUCCCAGGCAAUUCUGAGUGCUAAAAGUAGAACUCAUAGUGCACGGUCCCAAAAGUGGCCUCGGACUGAGACAGAAUCUGUAUCGGGAUUGUUGAUGAAAAGACCCUGUUUUCAUAGCAGUUCAUUAAGGAGACUUCCAUGCAGAAAGAGAUUUGUGAAAAAUAGCUCCUCACAGAGGACACAGAAACAGAAAGAGAGGAUAUUAAUGCAGAGGAAAAAACGAGAGGUGCUCGCCCGGAGAAAAUACGCCUUGCUCCCCAGUUCUAGUAGUUCCAGUGAGAAUGACCUCAGUAGUGAGUCCUCUUCUAGCUCCUCCACUGAAGGAGAAGAAGAUCUGUUUGUUUCUACCAGUGAAAACCACCAAACCAAUCCAGCUGUUCCCUCAGGAAGUAUUGAUGAAGAUGUUGUGGUGAUAGAAGCUUCCUCCACUCCUCAGGUUGCUGCCAAUGAAGAAAUUAACGUUACCUCAACUGACAGUGAAGUGGAGAUUGUAACAGUUGGUGAAAGCUUUCGGUCUCGUUCAACCCUUGGACACUCCAGAUCUCAUUGGAGCCAAGGUUCAGGUUCUCAUGCCAGUCGGCCACAGGAGCCACGGAGCCGCAGCAGGAUUUCCACUGUUAUACAGCCCUUAAGGCAGAACGCAGCAGAAGUUGUGGACCUUACUGUUGACGAAGAUGAGCCUACUGUAGUCCCAACCACUUCUUCCAGAAUGGAAUCACAGACUACAAGCGCUUCCAUGAACAACUCAAAUCCACCUACCUCUGAGCCGGCCUCUGAUGCUGCUUCUGCUGUAGCCAGUAGCCAGCCUUCCACAGUGUCAGAGACUUCAGCUCCUCUUACAAGCAAUACUACCACUGGUACUUCCGUAGGAGAUGACUCAAGGAGAACUGCGUCUAGUGCUGUGGCGGAAACCGGGCCGCCUGCACUGCCAAGGCUCCCUUCCUGCUGUCCCCAGCACUCGCCGUGCGGAGGAUCCUCACAGAACCACCAUGCAUUGGGACAUCCACACACAGGUUGCUUUCAGCAGCACGGCCACCACUUUCAGCAUCACCACCACCACCACCAUACACCUCACCCAGCUGUCCCAGUGUCUCCUUCCUUCAGCGAUCCUACUUGCCUUGUGGAAAGACCUCCACAAGUGCAGGCCCCUUGUGGAGCAAAUAGUAGUUCUAGCAACUACCAUGACCAGCAGGCAUUGCCAGUAGACCUCAGCAAUGGUGCCAUCAGAAGUCAUGGAGCUGGUGGCUUUCACGGAGCAUCUGCCUUUGACCCCUGCUGCCCUGCUUCUUCUUCCCGUACUGCAGUCUUUGGCCAUCAGGCUGCUGCCGCCGCCCCAAGUCAGCCAUUGUCAAUAGAUGGCUAUGGAUCGAGCAUCGUCGCACAGCCCCAGCCCCAGCCCCCUCCACAAGCUUCGCUCUCAUCAUGUCGACAUUACAUGCCACCUCCUUACGCAUCUUUGACAAGACCACUUCAUCAUCAAGCCUCUGCCUGCCCCCACUCUCAUGGAAACCCUCCUCCCCAGACUCAGCCUCCACCUCCAGUGGAUUAUGUCAUCCCUCACCCUGUACAUGCUUUCCAUUCUCAGAUGUCUUCUCAUGCAACAGCUCACCCUGUGGCACCCCCACCCCCAACUCAUUUAGCCAGUGCAGCUGCACCAAUCCCUCAGCACCUUCCUCCUGCGCACCAGCCAAUUUCACACCAUAUUCCGGCUCCAGCGGCCCCAGCACAGAGACUGCACCCCCAUGAAGUGAUGCAGAGGAUGGAAGUUCAGAGGAGGAGGAUGAUGCAGCACCCCACUGGUCUUUUUGUGUUCUGUGUUUCCAGGCGGGCACAUGAACGCCCCCCACCCCACCCACAUAGGAUGCACCCAAACUAUGGUCACGGGCAUCAUAUUCAUGUGCCUCAGACUAUGUCCUCACAUCCCCGACAGGCUCCAGAGAGAUCUGCCUGGGAGCUGGGAAUUGAAGCUGGAGUGACUGCAGCCACUUAUACGCCUGGUGCAUUGCACCCUCACUUGGCCCACUACCACGCACCUCCGCGACUUCAUCACUUACAGCUAGGAGCUCUUCCAUUAAUGGUUCCUGACAUGGCAGGCUAUCCUCACAUCCGUUACAUUUCAUCAGGACUGGAUGGAACAUCAUUCAGAGGUCCUUUCAGGGGCAAUUUUGAGGAACUGAUUCAUUUGGAAGAAAGACUAGGAAAUGUCAAUCGUGGAGCUUCCCAGGGGACAAUUGAAAGAUGUACAUAUCCACAUAAAUACAAGAAGGUAACAACUGAUUGGUUCUCACAGAGGAAACUGCACUGCAAACAAGAUGGGGAAGAAGGGACUGAGGAAGAUACAGAGGAAAAAUGUACUAUCUGUUUGUCUGUUUUAGAGGAAGGUGAAGAUGUGAGGCGCCUUCCGUGUAUGCACCUUUUCCACCAAGUCUGUGUUGACCAGUGGUUGAUCACCAACAAGAAGUGCCCCAUAUGCAGAGUGGACAUUGAGGCCCAGCUGCCAAGUGAAAGUUGACACCAUGUCUCAGAACUCUUGCCCUCCUCCUCCUCCCCAUCCUUCCUGGUACUGCAGUCAACCAAAGAUGGCAUGACUUACCUGCACAGAUUUGGACGCAUCGAACAGAGAGUGCUGGCUCUGCCGUAUGGUACAACUAAUGCUAGACCCACAGUUAAUGUACACAGUUGAUUUGGAUGUAUUUAUAAAAGCUUUUUUUCUAGAUUGGACAUUUUUCCUGUAUCAUUUUACUGUAUUUUUGCAUGAUUCCUUGUAUUGCAUUUCUUUGCACAUAUUAUGGGGCUUGUGACCCUACACUUGCAGGCGAGAGUAGCUGCUUUAGUCAGUAGAAUUGUGUGGUCUUUUUGUUUUUUACAUAGUACCAGGCCUUGAAAAUAACGAUUUUUUUAUCCAUUACUAACCUUCCUUUAAUUUAAUCAAUCAUGGCUUUAGUUUAAUGUAUAAAGAUUCUCUAGAAAAUGAUAAUAUUAUGUAUUAAGACAUUCCUUAAUUAGGACAAAAUGGCUGCUGUAUAUUUCCAAUAUGGAGCUCUGAGUUUAAGUAUCAUCCUUAGUACUGGGAACAGAAUACGAACCAUAUUCAAUCAGAUGCAGGUGGUGUUCACGUCACCAGAGUGAUCAAUACGAAUUUUCUUGAUGUAUCCAUUUCCUUUCGGCACAGUGCAGAUAGAGUUGAAUAUUGACAUCAUGCCUUUAAGACUGCUGUUCUGAUUGUAUUUAUCGUUCUCUUGCAUCGUUUGGAAAUUUAUUUCCCUGACUCAAUUUUUGCUGCUGUGAAACAGCUCUAAUGGACACUAAAUAUUAAUUUCAAUUAGCUGGAUUGUACAUACUUGCAGAUUUAACAAAACCUUAGGGAAUUAAAAAAGACAUGUAGAGUAUUGUUCAUUCUUCUGCUAAGCACGUAUAGUUAAGAUAUCUGCUUACAUUGAUUUUGUAAACACAUUCAGCCAAGGUUUAGAAUUGCAGUCAUUGGCAGGUAUCUAUGCAUUCACAGAACAUCUAAAGGUCCCAGGAUGACUUUAAGGGAUUUUGAUUAGUUUAACGAUAAAUAAAGUCAGCUGAAUCUACAUGCCUCUUGUUUUAUUUCUCUUUAAACUUGAAGAACAGUCAAUCUGCAGAUACUGUGAGGUACAGAUUAUACUGUCGGCUACUGCUGCUCUGCUUGUAGACUCCCACUUCACACCUUACCAAGAGUCCAUCACUGACUUAAAAUGUUUAAGUUCUAUAGCUAAGAUGUAUUGCAUAAUAUAGAAUGUAAAGCUAACGUACUAACAUUUCUCCUUUGGAGAAAGUUUUAAUCUACUUCAGGAUGCGUAUUAUUAUCAAGAUCCUUUCGUACACAGGAGAGCCUAAUUUUAUUUGUUCAAAUGUGCUUAAUAUGCCCCGGCUUGCAAAUGCAUCUAGUCAGUAAUAUCACUGUCUGUAUCUGGAGGACAUGUUCCCACAGAUCAUAUGUGAAGAUGUCAGUAAGCUUGCAUUAAGCCACCUGCUUUGUAAGUGGAUUGAUUAAUAAAUAACUUCUAUUUCUGUU